UCAGAACUCUUCAAGUAGAUCUUCUUUCUCACACCCAAUAAAUUAUUAAUGGAGUUUCAAUUUUAUGAUUAGGUGCUACUUUUAUUUAAUGAGAAGUGUAUUUAUGAUGGUUUUCUACUCAUUGAAAAGUUUUAUUUUCGGUAAUAUAAUAAUAUAUUAACGUUCACACCAAAUGUUGGAAUUCUCUUGUUCAUACAUUUGCAGGUGUUAAUCCUAUAUAUAUAUAUUUAUGUAUGCGUAAUACAUAUAUAUAUUACUCUUAGCUAAUUAUUAUUUUGCAUUCACAAAUGUAUUGUGCGCGAUGUUGACUCCUGAUGAAUAGUCUUAAAACCCACUUUUUUCUUACUUUGGGUUGAUCCUUGCCAAACCGUUUGUGCUUAUCCAGUCUUAUAUUUAUUUGCUUUGUGUUUACCUUCAGCAGUUAAGCAGCUUACAUCCAGUUCAUGGUCAAGUUUGUGUCUUCAAAAAUCUUAUCUUUCGAAAGUGUUUGAACGGUCAUCUUCUUCUUGUUAGCCAAAGAUUUCCGACUUGUGAUCAUUAUGUUUUCCAGAAGUUUGCGUUCUGAAACACGCAGUAGAGCAAAGGAGGACUUGAAAAGAGUUCAUAAGUCACAUGAACAGGGAAAAGAAGUGGGUAGCUGUCAAAGAUACUUCUAUGCUUGUUUACAAGUGGGUACCUUCUCUUAUGGUUGAUGUUGGUCAUGCUAAAAAGGGAACAUUUAAUCGUCCAUCAAAUGUCAAUAAUUCAACGCAUAUUUCUUCUGGAAUUCUCUCUUCAUAUUCAUGCCCAAAAACUGAACAAGAUGAUUCUAUUGGAGCAACUGAUUCAAAUCCAGACAAGUCUGUUAAUUUGAAAAAUGAAGAUCAAACUGACACUGAAAAAUCGCAAGAUACAGUUAUAUCAGCCACAGAUGAGAAACCAUCUACUUUGGAUGUGAUAGAACCUACUAGGCAACAGACAGCUGUUGAUGAAGACAAUGACUGUUCUAUGGCGCCGCCUGAACAAAAAUGUGACUCUCUGCCAACUGAUGAAACUACUGUUGCAGAGCAAAGUUGUGUUAAACCAAUCGAUAUUGAUUCCAAUGUUGACAGUGAGAGUAAUGAUAACAGUAAUCAGAAUGGGACUUGUUAACAUAUAUAUAUAUAUAUAUAUAUAUAUAUAUAUAUAUAUA